AGUUGCAUCAUCUGCACCUGCGCGCGGCGGAGCAGGGCCGGCGUCCCGCGCCGCCCGCGCGUCCAGAACGGUUUGAGGCCGGGGAUUCAGCGCCCACGUGGCCCCGGGCCUCCCCCCGCAACCCCCGCGGCUGUGGAGUGGAGGGGGUGGGGGGGCGGGAGCCGGGGUGCGAUCGUUGAUUUUUCGCUGUAUUUUGGAGGGGAAACGGCUGUUUCGCAAAGUGCUCUUUUCCGUCAACUCUAUGAGGUGGGAGUAAAUAUUCAUGUAGUUGCGCGGACGGCACGUGAGGCUCCGGCCUGGGCGAAUGUGGCCAGCCGCUGGGCACUGGGCUGCAUCGGGCCACCUGCACUGGGGGAAAUGGACCCAGCUGGGGCUGCCUCUGCCUUUGCUGACAACCAGCCUGGUUCUGCGUGCCCUGGAGGAGAAGAUCCCAGCAUGCCUUCCGAGACACCCCAAGCAGAAACGGGGUCCGCAGGGUGCCCCCACCUCUCAGGGGCACACCUAGGGAAAGGGAGCCUGGAGAAGGGACCUCCAGGGGACAAGGAAGCCAAGGAGCGCCUGUGGAUCCGUCCCGAUGCCCCAAGCAAGUGUUCCUGGCAGCUGGGCAGGCCGGUCACUGACUCCCCUCAUCACCACACUGUCUUGACCAAAUCCCCCCAAAUCUUGCCAGACAUCCUGAAGAAAAUCGGGGACACCCCCAUGGUGAGAAUCAAUAAGAUCGGAAAGAAAUUUGGCCUCAAGUGCGAGCUCUUGGCCAAGUGUGAGUUCUUCAACGCGGGCGGGAGCGUGAAGGACCGUAUCAGCCUGCGCAUGAUUGAGGACGCCGAGCGGGCCGGGACCCUGAAGCCCGGGGACACCAUCAUUGAGCCGACGUCCGGGAACACAGGGAUCGGGCUGGCCCUGGCUGCCGCCGUGAAGGGUUACCGCUGCGUCAUCGUGAUGCCGGAGAAGAUGAGCACGGAGAAGGUGGAUGUGUUGCGGGCCCUGGGGGCCGAGAUUGUGAGGACGCCCACCACGGCCAGAUUUGACUCCCCGGAGUCCCACGUGGGGGUGGCCUGGAGGCUACGGAACGAGAUCCCCAAUUCUCACAUCCUGGACCAGUACCGCAACGCCAGCAACCCCCUCGCUCACUACGACACCACCGCCGAGGAGAUCCUGCAGCAGUGUGACGGGAAGUUGGACAUGCUGGUGGCUUCGGCGGGCACGGGUGGCACCAUCACGGGCGUCGCCAGGAAGCUGAAGGAGAAAUGCCCAGGGUGCAAAAUCAUCGGGGUGGAUCCCGAGGGUUCCAUCCUCGCAGAGCCCGAGGAGCUGAACCAGUCGGAGCAGACGGUCUACGAGGUGGAAGGGAUCGGCUACGACUUCAUCCCCACGGUGCUGGACCGGACGGUGGUGGACAAGUGGUUCAAGAGCAACGAUGAGGAGGCCUUUGCCUUCGCCCGGAUGCUGAUUGCACAGGAGGGUCUGCUGUGCGGUGGCAGUGCCGGCAGUGCCAUGUCGGUGGCCGUGAAGGCUGCCCAGGAGCUGCAGGAGGGCCAGCGCUGCGUGGUGAUUCUGCCGGACUCGGUGCGCAACUACAUGUCCAAAUUCCUGAGUGACAAAUGGAUGAUGCAGAAGGGCUUCCUGAAGGAGGACUUCACCGUGACAAAGCCGUGGUGGUGGCACCUGCGAGUUCAGGAGCUGAGCCUGUCGGCCCCGCUGACGGUGCUGCCCACGGUCACCUGCGAGCACACCAUCGAGAUCCUCCGCGAGAAGGGCUUUGACCAGGUGCCCGUGGUCGACGAAUCAGGGGUGAUCCUGGGGAUGGUAACCCUGGGGAACAUGCUGUCGUCCCUGCUCGCUGGGAAGGUUCAGCCGUCAGACCAAGUUCGAAAAGUCCUCUAUAAGCAGUUCAAACAGAUCCGGCUGACGGACCCGCUGGGCAAGCUGUCGCACAUCCUGGAAAUGGACCACUUCGCCCUGGUGGUCCACGAGCAGAUCCAGUCGCGGGACCUGGCCUUGACGGGCGUGGUGGGGGGGCCCUCAGACCACAGCAACGGCAAGUCCAGUCAGAGGCAGACGGUGUUCGGGGUCGUCACUGCCAUCGACUUGCUGAGCUUCGUGGCCGCUCGGGAGCGCGACCGGAAGACCAAGUCAGGAAGCACCUCGGAGCCCAGACCUGCCGGGGCCACGGCACAGCUCUGACCGCGCCCACGCCUCGCCGGGGUCCGUGCGCUACCUUUUGUAAACACAGAACCCACACGCGUGGUUUUUAACUGCCGGACGCUGGGCGUUGUUGUCAGGAGCGGGUAGCAAGCAGCGGGUGUAGGAUGCUUAGCCCGGGGCCAGUGUGGACGCUAGCUUCCCUUUUAUUAACACCUGGCCGCCUCGGUGAAUCUGCGUACGGUUUAUUGGAGUAGAUGUGUGUUUCUUUACCUUUCUUCUAAAACGGCUCAGGAAGAAAAUCUUAUCAAACAGGAUGCAGCCAGGCAGGUGAGCCCUCGUGGCAAAUGACCAGAGCAGGGUGGAUAAAAGUGGAGGAAAGUGCUCUUCUGGAGGAGAACCUACGAUGGGGAGCAGCAGAAAGGCGGCUAGGGAAGGAUGGGCCUGUUUGGAGCCCUCACACGGAGGCGCUGUCUCCUGGGUACCGGGGCUGGUUAGAGUGACUUCAGUGUUUGGGGGUUUCUUAAUUGAGGUGAAAUUCGCAUAACCUUAAAUGAACGAUUUAAAAGUGUAAGUUUUUGGGGCGCCUGGGUGGUUCAGUCUGUUGAGUGUCCAACUUCGGCUCAGGUCACGAUCUCACGGUUUGUGGGUUCGAGCCCCGCGUCGGGCUCUGUGCUGACAGCUCGGAGCCCGGAGCCUGCUUCAGAUUCUGUGUCUUCCUCUCUCUCUCUGCCCCUCCCCUGCUUGUGCUCUCUUUCUCAAAAAUAACAUUAAAAAAAAAAAACUUAAAAAGUGUAUGUUCUCAGUGUCGUGCGGCCACCGCCUCGUGUAGCCAAGUCCCAUGCACUUUGCACCCCCCACAUCCACCCGCUGGGUUUGUCUGUUGGGAUGCGCCGUAUAAACAGAAUCCUACAACCUGGCCUCUCGUCCGUCUGUGGCUUGUUUCGCUCAGCAUCUGAAGUUCACCCACUCUGUAGCAGCUGUCAGUACGUCAUCCCUAUUUAUGACCAAAUAACACCCCGUCGUGUGCACGGA